AAUUCUUUUGGCCGAUUUCUCUUCCACACUGCCGCGAUCCACCUUGCAGCUUAUCUCCUUCUUUCAUCGUGCACCCAUUCCCUUUCACUCUUCCAAUUCCAGAGCCAAUCGGGUCAUUUUUUUUCGCUGAAUGGACUGUGGCCUCUUCGAGUGCACCACCGCCUCCUCAUCUCCCCCCAAGCCCCGUAGCCCAACCCUAAUUUUUUCUGCGCCGAUCGGAGAUGAAGAAAGAAGAUACAGUGGAGCUAAUCAGCGCCGAGGGUUUCGAAUUCGUGAUCGAUAAGGAGGCGGCUAUGGUUUCUCAGACCGUCCGUAACAUGCUUACUUCUCUUGGUGGUUUCACCGAGACAGAGCACCGAGAAGUGACUUUUCUUGAGAUUAGUACCACCAUCCCCGAGAAGAUAUGCCAGUACUUCUAUUAGCACUUUCAAUUCACAAGGGGGAAGGAGACCGAGUUUCCUAUAGAACCCGAACUCACAUUGGAAUUGAUGAUGGCAACUAAUUAUUUGCACACCGGAAAACUCUGUUAGCAACCUAACAGGGAUGGUUUCAUAGAGCACCCAUCUUUAACGCCAUCCAGGCUGUUUGACAUCUUCUUGGCAGGGGAAUGAAGAUCUCAUUAUAGU